AUGAGUUUAGUAUGUAAAGCCAUCCUAGUAGUAACACUUUUUUAUCGCUCAGUCUUCUGUCUUCUCAGAAAGAAUAGAACCAAUAUAGAUACCCUGCUUUAUAUUAAGGAAAAUUUUCAUCCAUGUAUUUUUAAUUUCCCAAAAAGUAAACGUAUGAAAAAUGUAAAAGGAAUAGGGAUGAGAAAAAAAUGGAAUGCCUGUUUGUGCAUGACGGAUGAUAGGGAAAAUGACAAAAUGAGCAAAUGUAACCCUGUGGAAAGUGUAAAAUUUUACGACUUUUCACGUAUUUAUGAACAUUUCAAAUUCAAUAGAAAUGAUUCAGAGAGUGAGAAAUCAGGACAACCGGGGGGAAAUGGUGACGAAAGUUGUUACAACAUGUGCACUGAAAAGGGUGUACUCACGAACCCGUCUAAGGAGGGUACUUCAGUUGAAGAGGACAUGCCCACAAAAUAUUCCAUUAAAAUUGUAAAUAACCUUGUCAACAAUGCUGUAGAUAACUCUGUUAAUAACAAGACAGAUACGCAACCAAGCAGUGAUUCCAUGAACAACCAAAAUAACAACCUGUUAGUUAAAGAUGACCCCAAUAGAAUCCAAAGAAUGAAGUUCGAAAAUACGCAGGAGUAUAGCAACAUAUUUAGGGAGAAAGAAAAAAAAAAGCAUGUGAAGACAUAUGUUGCAAAUAUUUUUCAGAAAAUCCCGAAAUUUAAGGAUAACAUUAAAGUAAUUAAAGAUGCUUUAUUGUAUCUAAAAUUUAUAGAAAAAGGGAAUCUGUAUUUAAUUAAAAAUGUGGACAGCAAAAGUGUGAACGCAGAACCGUACGUUGAUUUUACAAAAGGAAAAGGAUCAAAAAAAAAAGGCACGAAAAAAGACAAAAUUAAACUAGAAUUAACAAGUAUAUACAAUAAUAUAAAUAAAGAAAAACACACAAAAAAAAGAAUAUGCAAAGAAUGUUGUAUUAAGAUAGAUUUAUACACAAAAUUACUCUCCCGUCCACUGAACAAUAUAUACAAUUUGCAUAAAAAUUUAAAGAAAUUUUUACACCCAUUUCAGUAUAGUUUAUACGAAAAUGCUAUAACAAAUUUUUAUAAAGAGGGAGAAAUAUCCAACUCGUUAAGUGAUGUCUUAAGCAACAUUUUACAAGUCAGAAAGUUGAUAACUCUUACAGGAAAAACGUAUGCAGGGCAAAUGAAAUAUUUAAAAACAUGCAGAGAAUUAUUUAAAAAAUUAAAUGAAGCAAUAGUAGAUCUAAAUAUUAUUUUACAAUCUGGUAGAAAAUGGCUAGACUUAUACAAUUCAUAUAUUAAAAAAAUUAGAAAAAUUAAAUAUAUAGAUAUAACAAAACCAGCAAUAUCUAUUAUUGGAUGUACAAAUGUAGGAAAAAGUAGCAUCCUCAAUUCAAUUACGAAUUCGAAAUCGAAAAUAGCUGAUUAUAAUUUUACAACCAAAGAAUUUAAUCUAGGUCAUUAUUCUUUUACAAAUGAAAAUGAUAUAUUUACAACACAAAUUAUGGAUCUACCAGGAUUAAUUAAUCGACCAGAACAAAAAAGAAAUCUUAUGGAAAAAUUAUCCUUAUCAUCAUUAAAAAAUAUUCCAUCAGCAGUUAUUUACGUUUUUGAUCCUUCAAAAAAGGACGACCAUAAAUUCUCUUCUAUGAAGGCACAAUUAGAUAUUCGCUACUACCUAAGGGGAUUAUUUCCUUUCAGACCUUGGAUUGAUGUUAUAACAAAAUCAGAUUUAAUUAGCUGGGAUCAAAUUAACAUACCUAAAGAUAUUAAAGAAAACGCUCUUUUUAUUUCAACAGAAGAUACAAAUUCUUUAUUACCCCUACGGGAAAGAAUAAAUGAAGUGACAUUUAAGUUAACCAACUUUUUAGCGAAACAUACGAUGGAAUCAUAG